AUGCGCUCUGCGCUCGCCAGCGACUCGGGUAUAAUCAGUCCCACCAAACCAUCGGCGGGGAAAAAGAGGGGGAGAAGAAAGACGGCAUUACCAAUUUCCGAUGACAGCUGCGCGUCAUCCUCCGGCACUGAGGUGCCGGAAAAGACGAUGGCCAUCGAGGAGGUGACUCCGGUGGUUCCGGGGCCUGCUACGUCGGAAGACGCGAUGCCCGCUCCCCAGUGGGUACCAGUGAGGAGGAGGGGCGCUGUGUCACCAGCGACGUCCGUGGAGUCGAUGUCGACGUCGGCCGCGUCCCUGGCUAGCGGGGACGAGACGUUCCGGGACCUCGACCUUGCACUGGUCAAUUUGGGCAAGCUGCUGUCGACUGUGGCUGCCAAGGGCGCCGAGCCAGGCAGCAGCUACCGGAAACGGCUCCGGGAGGCAGCCGCUAUGGUGAGAACAAGGCUGAUCCCCACCAUGUCCAAGCUUUAUGACUUGGUAGAGAGCCGAGAGGUGGAGAGCAAAGAUCUUGUCGCUCAUUGUGACUCCAGAGAGAGUCGCAUCUCGGGAGAUACCCCGGCCUUGCGGGGAGGGACUCCCCUGUUGCCGAGGCCGCCUUUGGCACGCUCUGGCCCCCCCGCGGGGGCGAUGGAUAUUGACGUGCACUUGCGGUCCGCUGUGAGUGUGACGGCGCAAAUGCCAGAGCCCAAUCCUGUGGCCCCUGUCCCGCUAGCGCCUAGCCCCGCGCUCCCUCGCCCUCCACGUAGGGUCGAGUUAAGGCCUGCGCCGCCUCCGCGGAUAUCGGCUGCCCCUGCGUCUACACGGAGAGGAAGGCUAAGCCCUGCGCCAGCGCGGGCUGAAGACAUCCGUUCGCCACUGGCGAGGAUGGUGGAUGAGUGGCCGGCGCUACCGCCGCCUCUUUCGCCCUCGCGUGCUGCGGGGUUGCAGGCUCGCGGGCCACACAACACGGCUGCUGGGAUGGUAGAGGUGGACUCCCUCCCAAGCAGAGAGGAAAUGGUGGCCUGUAUCUCGCGGGCGGUGGCGGUUGAGGUCGGCAAGCACUUUGCCGGCCUCGAGGAGAUGCUCCGUUCCUCGAUUGGUUCCGGAGACUGCAUCCCGCCAACAGCCGCAGCCACCCCUCGGAGCCAGGCCGCCCGGCCGACCUCUAUCCCCACUCCAUCCGCGAGGUUGGCACGGCGUAGAGGCCGGGACCAAAACAACAAGGGUACGGGUGCCCAGAAUCCUGCCCCAAAAUCCCAACCCCGUCCCCUUCCUGCUCCCCCGUCAAGCAUGGACGAGGGCUGGACGGAAGUGGUGAAGCGGGGCAAGAAAGCAAGGCAGCAGACAGCGGCUCUGGCAGCUCCCAGAGGGGGUCGAGCGCCGACCGCUGCAGCACGAAGCACAGAGCUGGCGGCCGUAGCUGCUCCUCUGGCGACGCUCCGCGUGGCACUGCCGGAGGAUGAGGUGCGCGUGCACAGGCCGGUGAGGAUGGCCGAGAUUAGAAUCACCGGCCUGGAUGACUGUGCUACCAAGGAGGAGGAACGCGAGGAUCAAGCCAGCGAAAUUUAG